CUUAGGAUAGAUAUCUUGCAUCGUUAUGUCGUUUGGCAGUUAGCAAAGAGAAGAGCGGGUACUGCAAAGACGAAGAAUCGAGGUGAAGUUAGAGGAGGUGGAAGAAAGCCAUGGCCUCAAAAAGGCUCAGGAAGAGCUAGACAAGGAAGUAUCAGAGCUCCACAUUUCAGAGGAGGUGGCACUGUUCAUGGACCUCGCCCUCGCAGUUAUGAUUUCACCUUUCCUCGUAAAGUUAGAUCUAUGGCAAUACGUGUUGCGUUGUCGGUCAAAUUUGCUCAAGGUGAUUUGUAUAUCGUUGACUCAUUUGGUUUGGAGACCCACAAAACACAAAACUUAAAGGACUUACUCGAUCAAAGAAAUUGGUAUAGCGCACUUCUUGUAGAUGGUAAUACAUAUGUAGAUGAAAAUCUUAGACUAGCUGCAAGAAAUAUUCAAAAGUGCGAUGUCCUACCUAGCUACGCGCUUAAUGUACAUAUGAUGCUGAAAAGACAUGCACUAGUUCUAUCCCUUCCUGCAUUGAAGAUAUUGCAAGAACGACUUGUAAAAGAUAUAGCUGAACCCGCUUGGGAUAAAUAUGAUUUUAAAAUGACAUCAUUAGAAUCCAUACCGGAAAGUAAUGAUCAACUACAACUGGAAGAAUCAGAGGAAUUUAAAGAAUCAUAA